AAUCAAUGCAAAUCUAAAUAAGUAAUACAUUCGUAUUUGAGACUAAAUGUCAAUGCGCUGUUGGUAAUUACACAUGAACUUCAUUGUGUUAUCAGGACUAAAUCGUCCAUAUAUUAGGAAAGUGCAUUUAGUCCCUAUCUUUAUUUGUGUGCGCUAUAAUAUCCUGUGAGUAAGGAAGAUAGCUAAGUAGAAGAGGAGGAUGAAGCGGUUCAUCCCCUUGGCGGUGGGGGCGUCUGCCGUCCUGGUCGAGCAUGACCAACAAGAAAAAUGGUACGACGACCCAAGCAACGUGCUGGAAAGCUUCCACUCGGAAUACCGGUACUCAUCUCUCGCAAGAUCAUCAGAGAAUUUUUAAUAUAAUGAUUAGUUCAAUAACGAAACAGUUCCUGCUCGUACUUGUUCAAAAACUUUUUUGAUUAAGUGGCAAAAACUUCAUUAAGCUGCAACGUAGUACAACACACAAAAUACAGGCACAUGCAAAGGGACAACGAGCAUCGGGUGAAACAUUUGCACCCCGAUGAUGCAUUGGAACUGUUGCGAAAAAAGUUUCCGGGGGGCAAGCACAUGCAGGAAAUAUCAAUGCUUUCGAUGCGAGCAAAGUCUAAUGGUAGUAAGGUAGAGGCAAGUAUUAAUGGUAAGGUACGUAGAAGCUCCAUCAUUCUUGUAGAAGCUCCAUCAUUCUUGUCUAAGGCAAGUAUUUUCAUCUUGUAGAAGCUCCAUCACACCGUCUCUACUCGGGUCGCAACGGAAUCAGGCAGUGAGAGCUGUUACGUGGUUCGCAAAUGAAUUAAUGAAUGAAAAAAUGACACUGGAAUCGAACAUGUCUGCUGGUGACGAACAAUGCACAUAUGUAUUGGCUUUUUUGCCCAUGACGUAUGAAUUUCUAAAAAGUCUAAAGAAUUUCUAAAACAGAAGAUUUUAUAUCGAUGUCGAUGUGAAGAUCAUUGUCUUCUUCGAUCCGCUUCUUUCUCCUCCCACGCAGAUACCCUGAACGUGCAGGAGAUGGCAAAGGGUGUUGUCGCGAUUAACAACAUGUACAAGAGCACCGACAGUGAGCGCAUUAACACACUGACGGUCUGCUCGCAGAAGCUGUAUUCUAUCUACCGCACUAACUUUAUGAUUGCGAAAGAAAUCAAGGGUUUGAACGCGAAGUCAGAAGACAAAAAUCAGGCGCAUGACGAUGCGGCUGAGCAGAAAAAGGCCUUCUUGGACGAUAAGCAGACCCUCAUCCAGGAGAGGGAACAAAUGAAGGUGUCUAACUUUUUUUUAAGACUUAAUAAUUGGCGACGAGUAUCUUUCCGUGGUAGCUUCAUUUUGACUUUGUAUCUACUGAUCAUCUUUUCACCUUCGGUGUCUCUUAUUGCAUGUUUUUUCUUCCUACUCUCACGGACGCAUGCAUCUUUAGGUUGACCAUGCGGAAGAUAUGAAGGAGCCACUGGCAAAAGAGGCUGAGAAAGUGACGCAGGAGCGCAUUUUUACCGUCAUUAUCAACGGAAUUGACUCCAAGUGCGCCACUGGAAACGUCAAGCCGAUGAACAAGGGUCAACUCCGCUUCAAGCGCAAUCCGAGUCCAGCUCCGGAAGGCAACAGCACAAACGAAACAACUGUCGGCUCCGCCGCACUCCUGCAGGCGUCCGGUGAAUACAGCGUCGAGGAUGCUCGCGCCGAGGAUGAGCAGAGCGCAUUGGAGCGCGCGUGCGUUGGCACGCAGCAGGAUUCCUCGAUGAACCAGCUCUUCUUGUCGGUUUUCUCCUCUAAGGAGGUGCAAGAGGCGACGAAGAAGGCAGAGUUGGAUAUGGAUUCUCGCCGCAUUAUGGACGUUACCCUGGCCAACCUGCGAGCCGCUGAAGAGGAGGAAAUCCAUCCCAAAUACCAAAAAUACAACAAGGGCAAUGACGACGCUACGCUCAUGAUCCAGACUAAGGCGACAAUGACAUCCAAUUAUGAAAGAAAAGACUACUAGCCCUACCCGUAGUUUCUAUCAAUGAUGUAGUCGAGCAUCUAAAUUGCUGUGGAACAGGCUUUCUUCAAGUGAAUCUAGAAAAGCAUCUUCCUUCCUCUCUAGGGCAGUAGUUUCGGUUUCUAAUUUUCGCAACCGCUGCAAGGACCAUGGUCUAUCUCCGACAACGGAUCCAAGUCUCCGAUGUGCGGAAGCGUUGAGCAGAUCGACUGCGAUGUUCUGCUGACGAUGAUGGGAGAGCAGCUCGAGUGUGCUCGACAGGAGCUCUUUGUUGCUAAGGGUAUUUCUUUCAUGCAUGAAUGUGAUCUAAAUAAUCUAAAUUACCUAGAAAUUAGCCUAACGACACGAAAUUCUUGUGGUAGUUAGAGGAUAAUCGAAAGUACUACAUUUGUGGUGAUCGUUUACUAACUCUUUUUGCUACUGACUGUUAAGGCGAGCGUGUCGCUUUAGAGGAGAAGCAGCGUGAGGAGAUGCGAUUGAAGGAAAACAGUAUCACUGCCGCACAGAAAGCCGCUGAUACGCAGCAAAAGCUGAUGAACGACGCGCGAUCCACCGUCGACGGCUAUAAGACGCAAAUCCAGGAUUUGAAAGAGGAGCGCGUGCGCUAUGCCAAGGAGAUGCACCUCGAAAAGACCAAGUGCCACCUUCAGCUCUACGAGCUAGAGGCCAAUGGCUUGUGUGCCGUCAAGGCGCUGCGCAACUUCUGGAUGAAGGAGACGCUCACCAAAGCGGGCGUCGAUGAUGACGCGGUCACGGAUUGCGAAGCCGCUGACACCAUGCAGCCGACGGGAGAGUGCCGACUCGGACCGGAAGCCAAGUUAAGGCGUCAUCUCAUAUCACUCUCUCACUUUAAACGUCACCGGCAACAUGGAAUGUUUCAUAGAAGUAGAGGUUGUAGAUCAAGACCCAGAGGGUCAUGCUGAAAGGUUUCAUCAAAGAUACAGAGCAUGUUUAUCGAAUUCGGCUUUUAAAAGUGGUGUUUGAACUCUAAGCAAUGGACCGGUGAUGACCUGCAUUAAGGGAAAUAAGAUCCCCGAAGACGAAAACAAGCUGCCCUUCCGCGAGUGGACCCGUCAGAUGGAAGGCGAGCCAGGACAAAGCUCGGAGUUGGAGGUACUUUUUGAAAUAAUUAAAGCGCAUUUAAUUGAAGGUAACAUCUCUUUCUUUGUGCAAUACCACUAAACGGUUUAGUACUGAUAAGUUAGGGUAUCGUUGUUUUUGUGAGCGCAAGAUUCUACGAACUCCAUCAAAUUCAAAUCUAAUCUUUCUCAGUCCCUCGGAGAAAAACUGUACUUGGAAUGCCCGUCGGAUAGCAUGAUUUUGCCGUGUAACCGCUUCUUGUGCCCGAUCGACUGCGAAGUGUCUGAGUGGGGUGACUGGAGGGAGUGUACCGCAGAGUGCGACGGCGGAACCGAGUUGCGUGAGCGAUCCGUUGUCAAGGAGCAAGCAUACUUCGGAGAACAGUGCUCAGAUCUGUUGGAGGACCGCAAGUGUAACACCGAGAAGUGCACUGCUAACUGCAAGCUGCAUGCUGACUAUGACGAGGAGGGCGAGGGAUGCCUCAUGGUACUUGAAAAAUAAUAUAACAAAUUUUAUUCUUGUUCGUCUGAGAUACACGAUUGACAUUCUCUAUGUAUAAGUGCCUGACGAAGAGUUUGUUCGACGAGAUUACGAGUCAUCUUUCACCACUCCACAGGCCUGCACCCAGCCGAUGGACGGAGUCGAGUCCGACGAUGGUCCCGUGUACGAGACCAACUAUGAGAUGGUUGUCAAGCGCGUCCGCGAGCCGGCUCGUGGUGGCGGCGAGUGCCCGCACCACCAUUCCAAGGCCCGGUAUGCCAAGAGCUCGGUACUCGCCAAGGAUGGUGUGAUCGAUGCCAACAGCUGCCCGCAGAACCAGUGCGAGGGUGACGAAGUCUGCGCCGACGUGAUGGACCUCAUCAUCAUGCACGAGUGCUCUCAAGCCACGGGUCGUCUCGGUUGCUGGUUCAUUGCUCAAUUCGUCGUCACAUUGAUGCAAAAGAUGCCAUCAGCGCUCUACGGCUUCCCGACUCUCAACGUCGGUCUCGUCAUGUUCGGAAACGGAAAGGCGAUGAAGGAAGGUAUUAGCACCUUAUAUAUAAAUAUAUAACUUCCCUGAACAAAUUUCAUCGUAGGAUUCCUUUCAGCACAUGAAACCCCUUUUGUUCUUUUCGUUUUAGAGGCACUUACCGGAACUGUCGUUAACUUCAGUCCCGUUCCAUUCAAACUCUACCAUGAUGAGGUCAGACCAACUAACAUCAACAUCCUGUCAUCUUCAAAAUUUUCAGGUGACAAGUGGGUGGUUACCCCCGCCAUUGAGCAGGUCGCUUUGACGGACCAGGUCACUCAGGCGUUCUCGGCUUUGUACAACCACGCUAAGAACUUGAUGAGCAAGAACAGCGGUUACAAGUACCAUUUGGGCUUCAACAAUAUGGCCCAAGGUCUCAUCGUCGCGGAACGCUUAUUGGGCGAUGCACGAACCACAGACGGAGGCUCCCCGAUGGAGGCCGCGAAGAAGGUCGUCGUGGUCACCCGCGGCCGCCGCAUUGAGUGCGGCUCCGCCAAGCAGCGCGCCAAAAUGCUGAAGCAGGCUGGCAUCACCGUGGACGUCGUCCUCUUCGCUCCGAGCUACAUUGCCUCGAACUACGAGUACCUGAACGCCGUUGCUACGUUCCCGCCAGAGGGCCACUUGUUCUACAAGGGCGGCUUGGAGCUCCUCUCCGUGGUCGACGGCAUGCGCAAGAUCGCCUCUUCGUUGAUCCCGAAGGUGUGCCCGGACGCCGUCUCGCCGGCGGCAUUCCUGAACACCAUGUGCGAGGGCGCGUACAGCGACGAGGGCAGCGCCAUGAAGGGCCCGCCGCUGAUUGUGGUGCACCGCGGCCGCAACUGCCCGCUGUGGACUGUCAAUGUGAUGGGCGAGGAAGCCGAUCCGGUCGACCUUGUCACCUGCGCCACGGAGGCUGCGAAGCGCGAGUUCACCUCGUUCAUCCACAAGCGUCUGCCGGAAGGCAGCAACGAGCCAAACUGCUUCUCGCACGAAACUUUCGGCCGCCAACCGCAGGUCAAGGGAUACGGCGAUGCCAAGGACGCCUACAUCCCGGAGGAGGGCACCUGCACCGGUGACGGCCUGAAGAAGCCGGGAACCUCCGCUGGCGCCUCCCAGGGCUGGGCACCGCAACCGCUCGCUCCGGACGCUACCCACUACGAGAUUCUGGAAGACGCGAAGCACUGCCCGAAGCCGUACUACAAGUACUACCGCAUGAACACUCUUCCGCUUGACUUCACCGAAGAGUACUUUGGUGGUCUCGUCGAGGGUGCGGAGGUCAACGGCAUGAUGGGUACCGAGGGUGGAGCUACGCAAGAUUUCUAAAUCUAAAUGCAUAGGUCCUAACUUGGCGGACUCUGGUGUGUAGUUCUCCGCUAUUUCUUGUUUUUUCCACCUUCUCCAUCAAUUUUGGUCUUUGGUACCAGGGGAGAUUUCUGUCAAGACAACCUUUUUUUUUCCGAUGAUCAUCAACUUCGCAAUAGAGCACCUGGCUUUCCCCUUUGAUGAAGCUCGCCAUGAUAUUCUUUUCUUUUCCGCGAAAUACAACAGUCUAUUUCUUUGAAUACGAAUUGCAAAUCCGUGCUGACGGUAUUACUCCAUUUUCUCAUAUUUAAGUAGUUGUUCAAGGUAGUGAUAAUCCGUUGAUGAUAAUCCGUUGAUUAGUUAACUUAAGUAGCCCUAAACCAAAUUUUGAGUUGAGUACUUCUUUGUUUGGUAGCCAGACUUAUUCUUGUUUGAUUGUCAUUAUGUCAUUCUUGAUUUGUUUUGUCGCUGUGCAUCGUUUUUUCCGUUUAGAUAUUCGUUUUCUCGACCGAUUUCCUUUUUUAUUAGACUUGUCAUGGCAAAUGAAAGAUGCAUAUGCAUAGGCUUGUGCAUUGGGAGGAUGAUAAGAUGGUUUUAGUUACUUAUAACUCUAUAUUGAAAUGACAUAAGCUCGACAUGGGACAUAUGACACACAGGGAAGCUCCGUCUAGUGGAAGAGGCAAAGGGCCGGAUUGGUUUUCUCAAGUUGGUGUUCUCUCGUUUCUGGAUCUGUUUCUCACGCGAAAAGGAGUAAUCGAAUC